AUAAUGCUCCAUUAUUUUCCAUUGUGACCAUAUUUUUUGAACUUGUUUCUCGGUGUCAACAAAAUUGAUUUCACGCAUUUACUUAGGUUCUAGAAUCUAGAUCUAGAAUCUUAUAUAUUAUUUCCAGGCUAGAUUUCCAGAUCUAGAUUAAACCUAAACCUGAAGCCUGUAGAUUGUGCUUGACUUGUAGAUCCAGAUCUGAAAUAAAAUGUCUGAUGUGUUGGCUUCAUCUGCAGAGCUUGCUACUCUUCAGCAGAAUGUUGCGUCAUCAGUGGAGUCAAGCCACCAGCAGAAUGUUGCGUCAUCAGUGGAGUCAAGCCACCAGCAGAAUGUUGCGUCAUCAGUGGAGUCAAGCCACCAGCAGAAUGUUGCGUCAUCAGUGGAGUCAAGCCACCAGCAGAAUGUUGCGUCAUCAGUGGAGUCAAGCAGCGCAGACAGUGAGGGGGGAGAUGAUACACUGUCCUCUAAGCUGGGGACUUUGGAGAUAAGAGAGGAAGCCCCUCCUCGGUAUUUAAGCACUGGCCUAAUCUAUGACAAAGUUAUGACCCUCCAUAAGUGUGAGUGGGACCCAAACUUCCCUGAAAACCCCCUGAGGAUAACUGAGCCUUACAAGCGCUGUUGUGAGCUGGGAUUGAUCCAGCGCUGCCAACAAAUACAGACAAGGCGAGCUAAAGAAGAAGAAAUCUUAACGAAACAUGCUAAGGAACUGGUGCAAUUAGCAGAGACAACAGUCAGCUUGACGUAUGAGGAGAGGAUGGAACUUUGCAAGAACUACGACGCCUGGUAUUGUAAUGAUCACACAUACGAUGCAGCCUUGAUAGCAGCAGGGACUACCAUCAAAAUGGUGGAUGAUAUUUUACAGAAUAACUUAACCAAUGGCUUCGCUAUGGUCAGGCCACCUGGCCACCAUGCCAUGGAGAAUGAGUUUAACGGCUACUGCACCUUCAACAACGUGGCCCUGGCGGCACAGAGCGCACUGGACAAAGGUGUGGAGAGAAUUUUGAUUGUUGACUGGGAUGUACACCAUGGGCAGGGCAUCCAGAGAAUGUUUUAUGAUGACCCCAGAGUCAUGUACUGCUCCAUUCAUCGCUUUGAGUAUGGCAGAUUUUGGCCACAGCUUCGGGAGUCUGACUACGACUUCAUUGGUAGCGGUCAGGGAGCUGGCUUUAACAUCAACGUCCCAUUGAAUCAGAUUGGAAUGUCCAACACUGACUACAUGGCCGUCUUGAACCAGAUCAUUCUACCCCUGGCCUACGAGUUUAGCCCACAGUUUGUGCUGGUCUCUUCAGGAUAUGACGCAGCGCUGGGCUGUCCUGAGGGUCAGAUGAUGAUAACCCCACCCAUGUAUGCUCACAUGCUCCACCAUCUGAUGGCGCUGGCUAAAGGCAGGGUCUGUGUUGCUCUAGAGGGAGGCUACUGUAUCAAGUCACUGUCAGAGGGCUGUGCUCUCACACUGAGGAGUUUGUUGCAAGACCCCUGCCCCCAGCUGCCUGCAUUGGCUGAACCCUCAGACAGCAUCACCACAACAAUUUUGAACCUGGUGAAAGUGCUCCACCCGUACUGGAAUUGUUUUAAGCACUUCAAGAAACUGGACAAGUUUGAAAAAUGUGUUUACUCCGAGGUCAACAACACACCACCUGUCCCAGGUGUGGUGUUUGUGACACCUGAGAACAAGCCCAAGACGUACGACCUGAUGGGCUUCUACCCCGUACAAGAUCUACAGACCAGGCAAAACUUUGCCAACCAGAUUGAUGAUGUCAUCAGGGAGACCAAUCUUUCUGUGGCCGGAACCAGGUGCUGCUACACCUAUGAUUCCCAGAUGAGAGACCACAAAAACAUGUUCUCAUCAUCACACCCAGAGCGUCCAGACCGGAUCAGCAGUAUCCACAAGAAGUUUGUCCAGUGGAUGUUGACAGACAGAUGUUUGAUGGUGCCUUCUCGACUUGCAAAGAAAUCUGAAAUACUUUGGAUACACACGGAGAACUACCUUGAGGAGCUUCAGUCUACAGAGUCUCUGGGAGAAAAUGAGCUGAGAGAUUUCCCCAGUCGAAAUGGUUAUUCUUCCAUCUACCUGCACCAGAAAUCUUUGUACUGUGCCCUGUUGGCUUGUGGUAGUGUCCUCAAUGUAGUGGAGGCAGUUCUCACUGGCCAGGCUCAAAGUGGAGUUGCAAUAGUUAGGCCACCUGGCCACCACGCAGAGUUCAACACGGCCAUGGGAUUUUGUUUCUUCAACAAUGUGGCCGUCGCAGCCAAGUUGGCCCAGAAAAAAUUCAAUGUGAAAAAGGUUCUGAUAGUUGACUGGGAUGUUCACCAUGGUAACGCCACACAACACCAGUUCUACAGGGACCCCAGUGUCCUGUACAUCUCCCUCCAUCGCUAUGACAACGGCUCAUUCUUCCCCUGCCAGUCCGAUGCUGAUAUGUACCAUACAGGAGCCGGGGCCGGGGAAGGCUUCAAUGUCAACAUUCCCUGGAGUGGGUCAAAGAUGGGAGAUGCUGAGUACCUAAUGGCCUUCACACAGAUCAUUAUGCCCAUUGCCUACCAGUUUGCUCCAGAUCUAGUGUUGGUCAGUUCUGGCUUUGAUUCAGCUGUUGGGGAUCCUCUGGGUGGCUACAAGGUGACCCCUGCGGGUUAUGCACACAUGACCCACAUGCUCAUGGGUCUAGCCAAUGGGAGAGUUGUCCUAGCUUUGGAGGGUGGUUACAACCUCUACUCCAUCUCCGAGUGUAUGGCUGCCUGCACCUCUGUCCUGCUGGGUGACCCCUGUCCUGCCCUGACCAAGCUUGACCCCUGUGACAGCGCGGCUAACAUUGUCAACAAUGUGCUGCUGGUACAGAAGAGAUACUGGCCCUGCCUCAAGUUCAAAGUGAAAAUCCCGCCUGGGCCAGAGGUCGUCUGCCGUCAGGAAAAGAAAACCCCGGCCAGUCCAAGUACACCUGCCAGUCAUCGUGUGUUCGAUAGUGGAGACACUACCUCGUAUGAAACGACCGGGGCAGCCAGCGAGACGACCAACGUGUCUGGCAGCGACACCAACAUCACCACCAUCACCAGCACAUCCCACACCUCCUCCAGCACCUCCCUCAACUACAACGACUCCAACACGCACGGUAAAGAAGGUCAAGGUCAGUCGGACGAUGAGGUGCUGACCUCAGGCUUGCAGGAGCUGACGCUACAACCUACUUCUGGUGCCAGACUGGCCGGUACCAGCGCCUCAUGGAGGGACCCCGCCGGCGCCUACGAUCGGGUAGACGGUCCCGGCGCCCCACCAGCCGCCCCACCAGCCGCCCCACCAGCCUCCCCGCCAGCUGUGGGGGUGUUUGUCCCUGUCAGUGAGAGGGAGGCCUCUCCCCCCGUCACCAGGUUCGACUCUAGCUCGCCCCGACAAACACGUGAGCAGGCCAGGACUCAGGAGAAACCCGUACCCAGCACUAGCAGUGACCGGGAGGAAACCAUUGAUUUCCCUGAGCCAGAAUCUUUACAAGAAAUGAUGCAAGACGUCCGUGCCGGUGAAACUAGGCCAAGCGGAAGUCGAGAUCCCGGGGGUGUGGUGGCAGGGGGAGGGGACGAGAUGCUGGGGGCGUGUGGGGGCUCAAGCCGCCCCAACACUGUGGCUGAGUUUCUCAAUAUGCCGAACGCCCCUCAGCAGAUGUUUGCCGUGUCGCCGCUGCCGUGGUGCCCACAUCUGUCUGAAGUGACGCCCCUGAAAUCUGACGUCAUUGACGCCCAUGAACCCUGCAACACGUGCGGCGACCCCACAGAAAACUGGCUGUGUCUGACCUGCCACCGUGUUGAGUGCAGCAGGUUUGUCAAUGAACACAUGAUGCUGCAUAAGAUGGCGACUGACCACAACAUGGCCUUGAGCUUCACUGACCUCAGCGUCUGGUGUUACACAUGUGACCAGUAUGUGGACAAUGAGGUUUUGUUUCCCGUCAAGAACGCAGCUCACCUCAGCAAAUUUGGAGAAUCACUUCCUAGCAUCCUGUAACCUUGACCAGCAUCCUGUAACCUUGACCAGCAUCCUGUAACCUUGACCAGCAUCCUGUAACCUUGACCAGUACCAGCUGAUAUGCACUAACAUUAAUUAAGUUUUAAAGUCUAAUUAAAAAAUUAUUUUGUCUGCUAAAAUUGUCUGUACCUAGUCUGGGUCUGUCUUGUGAUUUGACUCCCUAGGCUUUGAUGAAAUGGGUUGCUGCAACUUUCAGGGUUCUUCAAUAAUUGUCCAAUCAGGUCUGGUCUAUUGUAAUCAGGUCUGGUCUGAUGUAAUCAGGUCUGGUCUGAUGUAAUCAGGUCUAUUGUAAUUAGGUCUAUUGUAAUUAAUCAGAUAAAAAUGUUUACAAUCACAUUUUAUUUUUGAAUUGUUUGUAUUCUGUAAUUGUAUUAGAAAUACAUGAAUCACUGUACCAGUAUAAUUGAUUGUUUUUUUGUGUGUACCAUGAUGUACAAGUUGUAUUUGAUAUGUACAAGACUAAGUUGAUCACACCCGCCUGACUUUGGCCUUAAGAGGGCUGGCAGCAAAUGGUAUCAUUUUAUUGCCAGUAGAAACUGAUGAACUUAAUGGUAUCAUUUUAUUGCCAGUAGAAACUGAUGAACUUAAUGUUCUCUUAUGUUUUUAUCCAAUUUACAAAUUAUUGAUGACCUGUUCAAAAGAAUUUUUCAAUUUUUUUUUUUCAAUUUUUAAAAGAUUGGUCACAAAUAUUUUUGUGAUUCCAUCCUGUGUUUCAGCUAGUAUUGUGGAAGUAGUUUUACACUAAAUUGCUUAUAUUUGAAGAUGAUGAAAAAGGCUAGAAUAUAUAUUUUCUUGUAUGUCAACUUGCACAAUUAAGUGAAACAGA